UUUGCUUCUGAUUAUAUGUACUUGGUGCUCGAUUCGAUGCACACAAACACACAUAAACCGUUGUGCAGCGGGAGAAAAUCAAAUUCGACUUUCACUUGCUUCAACUUGAACCAAAAUGCACAUACAUUUUAAUUCAACAAUUUUAUAUUAAUCGUUUGUUUCGGCGAACGAUUUAAUGCUGCAAUUAUGAUCAAUAUGAUGGCACAGGUGAAAUACACACAAACAAACACACAGAGAGAAAGAAAGAAACAAGAUAAUUGCCGUAUCGAAUCGAUUGCAGUGACAGUGGAAUAACAGUUUCAUGUACACUUUCACGAAGGAACCCCCAAUCGGCGCUGCUUCAAAAUGAGAAAAACAGAAUUUUUAAUUUAUUUACACAAUCACAUUAAUAAAGAGUGUCGCAUAAAAUACAAAACUUGAACAUGACAAAGUAGAAAAACAGCAGAAAUUUAUUCAAAAAUAAACUUGAAUGGUAUGAUGUUCGUUAACGAGAGAAGAUAUGUGAAACACGCACAUUUGGUCAUUUGACAUAGAUUUAACGCAUUAGGCUCGGCGCCAUCUCUCUAAUGUUCGCAUUUCUUGUCAAACGAAAAAAAAACACAAACACACAUCAUCCGAAAUUGAUCGUUUGCGGUUGGCUCGCUCCAUCCGAAUCUCUCUCAUUCGCUCAACAAACAUGAUCGUCGUUGAUUUAUGCGUUCAUUUGAUAGUGUUUUCUUUUAUUUUGUAAACAACAGACAUUUUUCUUCAGAAUUAAAAAGAAAAACUGUGUGGAUUGCACAACAUUUUCAAUUGUGAAAGUAAAACAAUAACGUUUCGAAAUGAAUGUCAAAGUGAAUCCCGAACAAUUGGAUACAUAAAAUUGAAGGAAAAAAAGUAUAUUGGACAAGAAGUGACCGAAAGAAUCGAAAAACUGGAACAUAGAUAGAGAAAAAAGAGUGUCGGUUUGGAGCAAAGAAUGACAUCGGCAUCGGGAGUGCGGGCAACAGCGGAUAUACCAAACAAUAGUGAGCCCGAAAGUCUCGACAGCCUAGCAUACGAUGAUUGGGAAGGGCAAUUCGAAUUUGUUGGCAACAACAAUAACAACAACAACAGUAGUGUAAAUGAUGGCACAACACCAACACCAACGACCAGCGACAUGGUUGAAGAUCUAAAUUUAACCACACCCAAACAUGUCAAUCAAUCAUUGCAAAAUUUUCCGAUUUUAAUUGAUGAAGAGACAUUUUUGAGCAUGCAAUCAAACAACAAUGAUGAACCAUAUUCAAUGCUGCCGGAACCCGACUCCCAUCAAUUGAUUGAAAACGCAUUGAAACAUUUACAAUUUGACAAUCAUGUGCCAUCGCAAAACAAUAAAACGAACAAACGAGCCACACAUAACGAUGUAAAUAGUACUUCGUCUAGGUUAAGCUUCUUCGACAAUAUCAUUGAGAUGAAAAAUCGACGAAACAUUCAAUGUGACAACAACAACAACAAAAACAAUAACAAUAGCAAUAAUAAUCAUAACAAUAAUGACAGCUGUUGUCAUUCACAUGCUUUCAAAAUGACUGAUGUGAAUUUUGCGCAUGAGCUGUACGAUUCUUUGCUUAAGGAGUCGUACAAGGAACAAUUGGAAAUAUUGCAGCGUCAAGUAAGCACACUAGCUGACUCACAAAGCAAUGCAGAGGAUCGUACAUCGCGAACAAAAACCGAACAUGCCGUCCUUCAGGCACGCUAUCAUAUGCUGGAAGAUCAACUCAGAGAGGUGGAAAUUCGUGCCGAAGAGCGUUUAAAUGAAGAGCAGAAACGGCACCGUGAAUUACUAGCACGUGUCGAACGCGAAGCCAUUUUGCAGAAUGAAAAUUGCCAAAUUAAAAUUCGCACCAUUGAAUUAGAAACAAAUAACUUGAGAGAGGAAUUGCAAAGACUUCGAACACAAUAUGAUAAACAAACGGUUGAGCUUCGAACAACGACAGAGAAACUGGAGGAUGUUUGCGAUAAUUUGACAUUGGCGCGCGAAGAACUGACGGAAGCGAAGGAAAAUGAGAAAAAGUAUUUGGCAGAGAAAUUAGCUGCCGAAGAUUUAAUGAUUGAAUUGGGAAAAGAGGUGGAACGUUUGCGCCAAGAAUGUGGACCAGCAAUGCCAACAACAUCACCGGAAACGUUGCGACUUGAAGAGCUGCAUCAAGAAAUGGAAGAAUUGCGACAGGCUAAAAAACAACUAAUCGAACAAAAUGAAGAGCUUCAAGCAAUGGUUUUAACUCGUGGAGUCGAAGAGGGCCGCAACCUAUUGAAUGGCACAUCAAAUAGUUUGGCCCAAGAAAUCGACGAACUAAAUGAUCGACAGGAUUCUGUCGAUUCAGCUAGUACAUUAGCCUCUUUGACUAAGUUACAAGCAGCUUAUCAGGAGAAAGAAGAAGAAAACCAACGACUGAAGCAUUAUAUUGAUACCAUUUUGUUGAACAUUGUGGAAAAUUAUCCGCAAAUUUUAGAAGUUAAGACAAAUCCAAUGUCAAAUAAGCGAUAAAAGGCCACGCAUACACAAAUCAACAAAUCAUCAAACUCGAUUGAAUUCAGUCAUGGAGCUAUAGCACAACAAAAAAGAAUAUUUAAUUUUUGUUUUUCUCUUUCGUUUCAUAGAAAACGACUUAAGAUUAAUAAUAAUUAUUAUUGUCAGCAUUAAUAAUUUAAAUAAGAUGAAACAUUUGUAAAUGAAUUGCAAUUAUGAGAAUAUCCAACAUGUAAACGAGUCGUUGGAGUGCCUUUUAUGUUCGAUCGAUGUUAAUUUCAUCAAAUUGAUAUCGAAUCUAUUUUUAAAUAUUUUAAUUUUGAUCAUGUUGUAUCUUUUUCGCUUUGAAUAUCGAAUAAUUGUAUGUAUACAUAUUUGCUCAAAAUCUGUAUGGUUCUAUUGCGUUGAUGAUUUUGAUAUUGUAUAUAAAAAAAUUUAAUUCAGUUAGACAAUAAUAAAAGAAGUCGUAAUAAUUUCUUUUUCAAUUCAGGAUCCGAUUCAAGCACUGAAAUGUACCGAGAGGCGUCAAUUUUUUUUAAAAGAAAAAUGGAAUGAGAUUGACAAAAGAGGUUUUAAAAAAAUCUGUUGCGCCGAAUCAAAUAUUGAACAAAAGAAGGAAUAAUUAGAAAAUGAUUUUUUAGGUUUUUAUUCUAAUCUACUGAAGUCAUUUGACCUCCAUAGUUCAGAUGUGGAAAAAUUGUUUUGUAUAUUCUACUAGUAAUAAAACGAAACGAGCAAAAAUCUUUUAGACAGAAAGAAAAAAUAUAAAACGACUCAUUUAAAAAUUCAAUCAGUCUUAAGACACUUUAAAUGGAAAUCUCCACAUUUAGACAUUUACGAUUCAUUAUUACUGUAA